AUGGAUGACUCUAUCAUGGAGGGCUCCGUAUUUGAGGACGACGGUAGCUCCGACUUCGUCCCUGAGCCUGCACCGAAACCCAAGGCAAAGGCGGCCCCCAAGAAAGCGGCGCCAAAGAAAAUGACCCAGACGAAACUCACAGCUAAGCCAGCCGCGAAGGCGACCGCGUCAAAAAAGCGAUCCAAGCCCGAUAGUGAGGAUGAUCUGUCUGACGAUAUGGGAAUGUCCGACGACGACUCCUCUCUUUCCCAGACACCUCCCAAGAAGGUCAAGAAGGCUCCUGCUAGCAAGAAAGGAGGUUCGAAGCCUCUUGCAGACGUGGAGAACGAAUCAUUUGGAGGGGAAGUUGGUGAUCAACCUGCAAAGUCCACCAAUGCGUCAGAGAAGUACCAGAAGCUUACACAACUUGAACACAUUAUCAAACGUCCAGAUACAUAUAUCGGAUCCGUCGAACGAACUACUCAAUAUAUGUGGGUGUACGAUUCGGAAAUGGAGGGAAUGAAAUACAGGGAGGUCACUUAUGUGCCCGGUCUCUACAAGAUCUUUGAUGAAAUCGUCGUCAACGCUGCUGAUAACAAGCAAAAUGACGCGAACAUGGAUGAGCUUCGUGUGACCAUCGACCGCGAGUCGGGCGAGAUCAGUGUUUGGAACAAUGGUCGCGGUAUUCCCAUCGAGAUUCAUGCAAAAGAAGGAAUUUACGUUCCUGAGCUGAUCUUCGGCCAUCUUCUAACCUCGUCCAACUACGAUGACACCCAGCAGAAGGUGACCGGUGGUCGUAACGGUUUCGGUGCCAAGCUUUGCAACGUCUUCUCCACCGAAUUCACCAUCGAAACUCAAGACUCCCGUCAAAAGAAAAAGUACAAGCAAACCUGGACUAACAACAUGUCCAAGAUGGGCAAGGCCAAGAUCACCGAUGCCAAGGGCGACGAUUACACCAAAGUUACCUUCAAGCCCGACUACGCCAAAUUCGGAAUGGAGGGCAUGGACGAUGAUUUUGAAGCCCUCGUCAAACGUCGUGUCUACGAUUUGGCAGGUACUGCCAAGGUCGCUGUCAAGCUGAACGGUAGCCGCAUCCCAGUCCGCAACUUCAAGAAGUACAUGGAAAUGUACACCAAGGCCAUCCGCCGAGAACGGGGCGAAGAGGACACCAACGCCAAGGACGAAAUCAUCACCUGCAGUCCAGACCCUCACUGGGAAGUCGGAUUUACAGUCUCGGACGGCUCGUUUCAUCAGGUGUCCUUUGUUAACUCCAUCGCUACCACCGCGGGAGGAACUCACGUUAACUACAUUGCGGAUCAAAUCUGCACCAGGUUGGCCGACCAAGUCAAAAAGAAGAACAAGAACGGAGCGACGCUGAAGCCCGCCCAAAUUCGAAACCACAUCUUCAUUUUUGUGAACGCUCUGAUCGUGAACCCGGCCUUCACCUCCCAGACCAAGGAGCAGCUGACAACAAAGUCGAGCCAAUUCGGCAGCAGAUGUGUUCUUGAAGAGGACUUCUACAAGAAGAUCCUGAAGACCGAAGUCAUGAACAACAUCCUGCACUUCGCGCAAGCCAAGGCGGAUCAGUUGUUGAAGAAAACGGAUGGUGGGCGUCGCACCCGCAUGAACAACCCGAAAUUGGUCGAUGCCAACAAGGCUGGUACCAAGGAUGGUCACCACUGCACUCUCAUCUUGACCGAAGGUGACUCGGCCAAGGGUCUUGCCAUGGCUGGGCGAGCGGUCGUCGGACCUGACCUUUUCGGUGUCUUCCCCUUGCGAGGAAAGUUGCUCAAUGUCCGCGAUGCCUCGUUUGAGCAGAUUUCGAAGAACCAGGAAAUCCAAAAUAUCAAGAACUUCCUUGGUUUACAACACAAGAAGGAAUACACCGAGACCCGCGGGCUGCGCUACGGUCAUUUGAUGAUCAUGACCGAUCAGGAUCAUGACGGCAGUCAUAUUAAGGGCUUGCUCAUCAACUUUCUUCAGGCUCAAUUUCCUAGUCUGCUGAAGAUCCCUGAGUUCUUGAUUGAGUUCAUCACUCCUAUUGUCAAGGUUUGGAAGGGCGAUCCAAAGAACCCUACCAAACAACGCUCGUUCUUCACCAUGCCCGAGUAUGAGAACUGGAAAGAGGAGCACAAGCAUGAACGCGGCUGGGAACACAAGUACUACAAGGGUCUGGGUACGAGCACGACUGAAGAUGCCCAGGUCUACUUCCGUGACCUCGACCGCCAUCUGAAGGAGUUCCAUACCAUGCAGGAUCACGAGACGGAGCUCAUUGAGCUUGCCUUCUCGAAGAAGAAGGCGGACGAGCGUAAGGAAUGGCUGCGCCAGUUCAAGCCUGGAACCUAUCUGGAUCAUUCCGUCGACAAGAUCACGUAUACCGACUUCAUCAACAGGGAGCUCAUCCUGUUCAGUAUGGCCGACAAUCAGCGGUCGAUUCCCUCUGUUGUCGAUGGCUUGAAACCUGGUCAACGUAAGGUCCUGUACACGUGUUUCCGUCGCAACCUCAAGAAGGAUAUGAAAGUGGUUGAACUGGCGGGGCACGUUUCCGGUAUGACCGCGUACCAGCAUGGUGAUGCCUCCCUCCAGCAGACCAUCGUCGGUCUCGCACAGACUUUUGUCGGAUCAAACAACAUCAAUUGCCUCGAGCCCAGUGGUAAUUUUGGAAGUCGUCUCCAAGGCGGUCAAGAUUGUGCUAGUGCUCGUUAUAUCUAUACGCGACUGUCGCCCUUUGCCCGUCGUAUGUUCCACGCUGCGGAUGACCCCCUUCUCACUUACAACGAGGAUGACGGCAAAAAGAUUGAACCAGAGGUCUACGUUCCCGUUGUGCCUCUGAUCCUGAUCAACGGUGCUGACGGUAUCGGCACUGGUUGGAGUUCUUCAAUUCCUAACUACAACCCGGAAGACAUCGUGGACAACCUCAAGCGGCUGAUGAACGGCGAGCCCGUCAAGCCUAUGCAGCCGUGGUUCCGCGGAUUCACCGGCGAAGUCACUGGUCUUGGAGGCGACCGCUUCAAGUUCAGCGGUAUUAUCAAGGAGACCGGCGACAAGGAGGUGGAGAUUACUGAACUUCCCAUCCGCACCUGGACACAGGACUUCAAGGAUAAACUUGAGGAAAUUAUCAAGGCCGAGAAAACGCCAUCCUUCAUCAAGGACUACAAGGAUUAUAACACGCACACCAAGGUACACUUUGUCAUCCAAAUGGACGAGAAGAACAUCAAAUCCGCCGUGUCGGAAGGAUUGGAGGAGAAGUUCAAGCUGUCCAAGACCAUCGCAACCACCAAUCUAGUUGCGUUUGACCCUGAGGGCCGGAUCACCAAGUACGCUUCCGUCGACGAUAUCUUGAAGGAAUUUUACGCAGUUCGUCUCAAGUUUUACGAGCGUCGCAAGCAAUAUCAACUCAAUGAACUUCAGAAGGAGUUGGACAAGCUCACCAACCAGGCUCGUUUCGUGCAGAUGAUCAUUGACGGUGAUCUUGUCAUCUCAAAGAAGAAGAAACCUGUUCUUGUUGCCGAGUUGAAAAAACAUGGCUUCAAGGCCUUCCCCAAGGUUAUUGACGCUGUGAAGGCUGGCGAGGAUGCGCCAGUGGUCGAGGAGGAAGAAGAGGAGUCUGGCAACGACGAGACGGAGGUCUUAUCGAGCGCUUACGAUUAUCUUCUUGGCAUGCCUCUUUGGUCUCUAACCCACGAGCGCGUGGAAAAGCUGCGACGACAGAUCGGAGAGAGGGAGGUUGAGAUGGACGCCUUAAUUAAGCUCUCCAAGGAAGAGAUCUGGAAGCGCGAUCUUGAUGACUUUAUCAACGAAUGGCGAUUCCAGCUUGAGGAUGAAGCUCGCCGCCAGCGCAAGGUCGCUAACAUGGGCCGCCGUACGUCGGCGAAGCUCAUGACUGCCACCGGUCGGGGGAAAGCAACCAAGAAGCGCAAGGCGGCGCUGGACGAUGAUUCGGACGACGAAGACUUUGCGGCUCCAAAGUCUAAGAAAUCAGCGGCUGCAAAGAAGACAGAACCUAAAGGUGGUCUUCUCAGCUACUUGGGCAAGCCAUCCGCGAAGCCUGCUCCCGCUCCCGCUCCCUCCGGUGACGGAGGCGAUUCCGAUGAUGAUUUCGAGGUAGAAGUGCUACCGCAGAAAAAGAGGGGGGCAGCAACCAAGGCAGCUUCCAAGAUAAAGGAUGAGGAUGAAGUCAUGGACGACUUGGACGAAGAAAUCCUCCCGAAGAAGAGCCGCGGACCCGCCAAACCGGCACCUAAGCCGAAGGAAGAGGACGAUGAUGAUUCUGAAGACAUCGCUCCUAAGAAGGGCAGAGCCGCGGCCAAGGCGAAACCCAAGCCCAAGGACGAUGAUGACGACGACCUUGAUGACGAUGAAUUCAUGGAGAUUGCCAAAGCCGAGGCAGCCAAGUCAGCCAAGUCGCAGCCGACUCGGACAAGCCGGAAAAUCACAAACUAUACGGCCCUGGACGACUCCGACAGCGAUAACGGCGACGAUCUUCUUGGCGAUGUGAGCAAGAUGGUCAAGGGCAUUGGAGGCGCUACCGGUGACUCCACGACCGACUCACGCCAGCUCUUCUCCGAGCGAUCCAGGCCGAGCAGCAGCUCCUCUGGCUUGAAGGUCGGCAGUUCCAAGCCCUCGAAGCUAUCCACAGAUUUCGAUGCGGAUGAGACGGACUACAGCAAAUUAAUCCCUCAGAACUCUCCCCGCCGAUCGCUGCAGGUCAAGCCCAAGGAGAUCAAAGUCAAUGAUGAUUUCGACAUGGACGAUGACGAUGACGAUGACGAUGAGCCCGUGAAGCCAGCUGCCAAGGCUAAGCCAGUUGCCAAGGGCAAGUCGGCGACCACGGCUGCGGCCUCGAAGCCCGCAGCUGCCCCCAAGCCGCGUGGCCGUCCAAAGAAGGAUGCGGCGAAGCCGGCUGCUCCUGCGCCUAGUCUCAAGCAGACGACCCUGUCCCCUGCCGCCAAGGCAUAUGCAUCCAAGCAGGCCAAGGCGACAGCCACCAAAAAGAAGCAGCUUGUCGACGAUUUGUCAGAUGACGACAUCGAUGCCAUGGCCAACGACAUCCUGGACUCUCCGGCAGGCAAGAUGGACGUUUCGGAGGAUGAUGAGCCCCCUAAGCGGAAGACUGCGGCCCGGCCAGCUCGUCGGACCGCGGCAGCCAAGAAGACGUACGUGAUUGAGGAUGACAGCGAGGACGACGAUGGAGGAGAUUCGGGCGAUGACUUUGAUGAGGACAGUGACUAG